GGGCUUCGGGGCGGCCGCGGCCGGUGGGCCGCGGGGGAAGAGGCGGCGGCGGCUGGGGUGGCGGCGGCGGCGGCGGCGGGGCAGGGAGUCUGGGAACGCGAGCGGGGAUGGUAGGUGCUUUGGACCCGCCGGGCCGCCGUCCUUGCCAGAAAGGGUUUCACUGGAGGAACCUCUGGAGCAACUAUGUUGAUACCAGUGAACCUGGUCAGUUCUUCCUGCAUGUCCUGAAGCUGCUGCACAGUAGAACUGGAUUUUAAUUGAGUUAGUGCCUUUGAAUUCAAAUCAAGUUUCACUAGUUCUGUGUCUGUUUUUCUAGGUUGGCUGGCUCCUCUGGCUGAUGGCAUGUUGAGAUUCAAGGGCCGGUGGCAGCGAGGACUUCUGAUCCAGAGGGGACCGCUCUAGAGGCCAGGCCACCAGUACCAUGGGCCAGUGUGUCACCAAGUGCAAGAAUCCCUCAUCAACCCUGGGCAGCAAGAAUGGAGACCGUGACCCCAGCAGCAAGUCACACAGCAGGCGAGGUGCAGGCCACCGCGAGGAACAGCCGCCGGCCUGUGGCAAGCCAGGUGGGGAUAUCCUCGUCAAUGGGACCAAGAAGGCAGAGGCUGCCACGGAAGCCUGCCAGCUGCCCACGUCCUCGGGAGAUGCUGGGAGGGAGCCCAAGUCCAGUGCCGAGGAGUCUUCCUUGCAGAGGUUGGAGGAACUGUUCAGGCGCUACAAGGAUGAGCGGGAGGAUGCAAUUUUGGAGGAAGGCAUGGAGCGCUUUUGCAAUGACCUCUGUGUUGACCCCACGGAAUUUCGAGUGCUGCUCUUGGCUUGGAAGUUCCAGGCUGCUACCAUGUGCAAAUUCACCAGGAAGGAGUUUUUUGAUGGCUGCAAAGCAAUAAGUGCAGACAGCAUUGACGGGAUCUGUGCACGGUUCCCCAGCCUCUUGACAGAAGCCAAGCAAGAGGACAAAUUCAAGGAUCUGUACCGGUUUACAUUUCAGUUUGGCCUGGACUCUGAAGAAGGGCAGCGGUCACUGCAUCGGGAAAUAGCCAUUGCCCUGUGGAAGCUAGUCUUUACCCAGAACAACCCGCCAGUGUUGGACCAGUGGCUACACUUCCUAACAGAGAACCCCUCGGGGGUCAAGGGCAUCUCCCGGGACACUUGGAAUAUGUUCCUUAACUUCACUCAGGUGAUUGGCCCCGACCUCAGCAACUACAGCGAAGAUGAAGCCUGGCCGAGUCUCUUCGAUACCUUUGUGGAGUGGGAGAUGGAGCGGAGGAAGAGGGAGGGGGCCGGGGGCGGUGUGCGCAGCUCAGGGCCCUUGGGCUUGUGUCCCCAGGAGCAGACUUAGUGCUCUGUCCCAGGGCUGCGCUGCCCUGGAGCCAGCCGAGGAAUGGACCUUUCUGGAAAUUACCGAAGAUCCGGAUAUUUUCUACUUUACACCUUUCUCUGCCUUGUAUCUGAAAGGGCUCUAAAAUGCUGUAUCAUGUUUUAGGCACUUUCUUCACUUUUUGGUUAUUUUGGUUAUUUCCUUUUUGGGGGCAUCCCCCAAAAUAUUUGAACCUGGCUACAUGUUAUGUAUCUUUUUUAUAAGCCUUCAGAUAGAAUAAGCCUGCCAUUUCUUGCACAAAUAGAUUGUUUGUGGGGGAGGGCGCCAAGCGGGGGGCUGGCGGUCAGCGGAGCUAACAUUAGACACCCGUGCCGGAUCUGCUGUGCAACUGUUUCAGGGCAGGUCUGCACUGGGUGUGGUGCUGUUUACAUGGUUGAAUUGCGGUUGUGAUAAUUUUUAAAGAUUUACACGGAGUUGACUAGCAGUGUUAACUGUUAACCAUGUUGCAUUAAUUCCCUGUGAGUUAAAGCCCUUGGAGAGCCAGGGCCAGCCAAAUGUGUCCUCUGGUGACAACCCCGUCCAGCUAGUGUAUCGGAACCCUCUCUCCCGCACUUCUUGCUCAUUCCCUCUCUGACGCAUUGCGUUUCCUGUCGAGUGUGCCACCAGCAUGUGGCCCCGGCCAGUCCAGUGAGCGGUGUUCUAGAGCAGCCGGCACCCGAGCAUCGAGAGCAGAGAAAGCAGUGCUACCUCAGUUUGGCUGGAAGCAGUCUUUGAUAGCUGUUUUUCUUUUAUGAAUUUUCUGUAUUUUCAUGUUGUAAGUGGAGAUACUUUUUUUUUUUCAUUUGCCUUGGAGCCAAAGUUUCUGUUCCUGGUGGUCGGAAACUGCCUGCAGCCACCGGACUUGAAGGAAAACUGUGGUUUGGAGCUCUGCUUGAAUACUUUCUUAGAGAAUUUGAGUAUCAUCAGCUUACUUGUCUGGCAGGUGCAGAAGCCUGGGGCUGGCCUGAACUCUGCCGAACGUGAGUGUAUUUAAUAGUGAACGUGUGCCCUUUCCCUCUUGCUGCGCCGUGUCGUCACUCACCCCGGGUGUUAUUUAUUAUCUGUGUUCCUGUCAGGCUCACUGGGGUGAUGUGAUGACUGUUGAGGUUUACAUUACCCUCUCCUCCUUCCCCUCCCCCAAAUAUAUAUAUGUACAUGUAUAAGAUAUGUGUAUAUUUUACCUAUCUAAAAUAUAUAUGUACACAUAUAUGUAUCUAUAUUCCCGUUUGCCUGCUAAAACUGGCCCUAGAGGAGGGAGGCGAGGGCCAGGGAACAUCAGGAUGGAGGCUUCUGAAUCUGAGUGUGGACCAUGGUCACUAAAGAGAAGAUGAAUUUUCUCAGCUCUUUCCUCACAAGAGGGAGGCCCAGUUGCCCGACUCCUGCGCUCGCUCCCUGAGGCCGGCUUUGGACGCUGCCCAGGAGCUGACUGUCCUACCUCGCUUCAGUGGAGGGCUUGUCCUUUUCCCCUUGAAACCAUGUCCUCCGGCCUGUGCUGGAAGGGUGGCGGCAGGAACUUUGGAACAGAUGGAAAAGGGAAUCUUUUAAAUAAACGUAUAAAACACUUAUAUUUUUGAGGUAGCAAGUUUGUCUGUGGAGCGUUUGGCGUGUUCUCCCUGGCUGCCCCACCUCCUUCCAGGCACGUUUCUCAGCCUGGCAGCAAGUGCUUGUUCCGAGGUCCGUGACUCCCCUCACGGAUUCAGACUCCCCUCUUGACAGAUGGUUAUUUGAAGGGUUUCUGCAGUCGAUGUUUUUCUGAAAUUGACAUUGACAGGGAAUGUAAUUGGAGUUUGACAUUUGUUGCCUCUAGAGGGUGGGUGGUCAGCAAUACUGCUGGAAAGCUGGAGAGGGUGGGGUCUCGGGCCAGGUGUCUGCGUCCUUUAGCCUGACACAAGGUCCUUGUGUAGUUUCUAGGGACCCCAGCUGGUUCUGUGGGUUCAGUUGUAGUCAGGAUGCCCAACCUGAGAGACCACCUUCUCAUCCAACUGUCUGCGACCUCCUGUGGUUCCCAGUUCUGAAUUGGGCAGAGGGGGCAGGUGUCCUCGCCAGUGCACAGGAGAGGGAGGCCCAGCGUCCUGAGGACCGGAGGACUGCCCCCUCCCCAGCCGCCAAGAAGGCAUCGCCUGCGUUAGGUGGACUAGAGCGGGUGGGUUUUGUUUUUAAUUGUUCAGCUUCCCUAGGCCCACUGAAGAACCAUUUUUUAAAGUUUUCAAUUAUACUUUUAAUGAUAAUUAUUACAAAAAUGCAAAUGAGAACCAGAAAAGGGAGCCAUCGGGGAGGGACUUCCAAGUUCCCUCCAAGUUUGUGUCCCUGACGGAAGUUCUGUAGUGGCUCGGCCGGUGCUCGACACCCUCGUGCCCACGGAAGCAGGCUUCCCGCAGAGGGACCCGAGCUGGGAGUGCGGGGCCUUGUUACUCUUCUGGGAAAUGAAACACCCCUUUCUCUUACCCUAGAAAUAGGUUUGCUGCUUGGUAAGCAGGAAUGGUGUGGAAGAGGCCAAAUGCAGGCCCCUCAGCCAAGCCAGGGCAGCCUUCCCUCCAACAGGGGGCGGGUGUGGAGCGGGCAGGAUGCGGAUGCCAUUUUGAAAAUAGGCAAAUACCUGAGGGCAGCUACAAACUGAAUUAAAAUGAGCUGGUUUUGGCAAGUGGUUUUGUGAGCUGCUGUGCUGUUUCUUUAGCAGUUAGAAAGCUAUAUGAGAUGGUGUUACUUCAUGGAGCUGCUCUUCCCCGUCCCUGCACAUUUGAAUAUAUCGUUAAUCCCGCCUCCUGUAAUGAGGCCUCAGCAGUGCCCCCUCAUCCAUGCUGAAUGCACCCGCCUGUAUGAGUUGGUUCCAAGACUCCAUACUGAAUUUUGGUAAGAAAAAUCUAGAGCUGAGUGAAGAUCCAAAUUUCAGCCAAGCUCCCAGGCCGAGGAAAUCCAGUUGAAGAUGUACAGGCAUUGCUCUCAAUGCCACACAGUAUUAGUUGGUCUCUGAAACAGUACUGGGCGCCCAGGAGUGGGACUCCACAGUUCAGGUGGCCUCAUAUAUUAGACUAGGCCAAAUUGUGUUAAACAGAGGUGGGAAGUUACUGGGAUAAGGACUUGGGUCUAAAAGCUUAAAAACGAAAGCAGAUCUGUACUUAGCACUGUAUGUAUGCUGCACUGACUGUCUUCAGUGCAAUGCAGCCCAGAAGUAGACCCAAUUACACAAUUACAAGGUGAGGCUGGAGGAUGCUACCAGGUUGGUUUUGUUAGCUGCCUGUGUUUCCAUUUUCCUUGCGUCUCUGGUUAGUGAGGACUUAACCGUCUUGGUAACGGAUGCCAGCUGAAAGGACUCUGCACAAGUCAUCACAUAGUGAUUUGUCAAGUGUACUUUGGGACGCAUUUGAGGACAUGUGCAAUUGCCCCCUCGUUCUCCAGUCUGUUUUUCUGAAUCGUACUGGGGGGUUCCCACCCCUCCCUGCAGCUGAUUCCUAUGGGAACCUGUAAUUGUGGCAUUUAUUUAGUGUAACCUGGACUGGCCUGCCUAUCAGGGCGGCUCUAGAGGUGUUUUCCGUACUGAGGGACAAAACAUGCUUGAGCUCUGGUUCAGCAACCGAGAUGGUUCCAAUGGCUUUGAGUGGCCAUCAGGUGCUGUUUCAGAUCAGGUGCUGGGCAUCACGUCCUCCCUGCUCUUGGAAGCUCAGCCUACUCUCGCACUUCCCGCUUCCACUGCCCACUCCCUCCCCACUUCCAGCACAGGUCUUGGAUAUUGCCAAAGGAAGCCGUUCAGCUGCUGGGGUUCCCCCAGCACACAUUUAUUCUGGGAGAAGUGUCUUCCCUCUGACCUGGUCCCAGCCCAGAGUCUGGGAUUAAUUGCUUGUACCCGUUGCACUAAUGAAUGAUUCUAGGUUUCAAAGGGGGAAUUUGAAGCAGUAGGCAAAGGGGGCUUGGGUGAGUUGGUCUUACAGACACCCUGCCUUACCCCGCUGAGGUGAUGAGUCCACUACUCACGUGACCCUCCACCUUUGUGGAUUCCUCUUGGUUUGUGAUCAGUGUGUUUCUUGAGGUUGUACAAACUUGUUGACCGAAAUCAAAACUUUUGUUUGUAUUCUCUGCACUGUUAUGCUCUCCAAAUGGCCCACUGAAUAUUUUUAUUAACUUGUUACACACAUUUUUUGUCUUUGUCUACAUUAUUUCUUUGGAUGGUCUUUUAUUUGGAAGGUCACCUGCUGUUGCGUUUAAUAAAUUUGUUUACUUGGUUGACAGUUCUGGAAAAAACAAUAAAAAAGCUGGCUUUAUUCUUGGGCAAGAUUUACCCCCUGGAAGCUCUUCCAGCAUGAUAUUGGAUAGCAGUUCCUAUGCUUUGGAAAGUCCAGAUAGUGUAGGACCCAGACUCUCCCGCUCACCAAGCUUAAUUGCCUUUGGGGUCCCAGUAUUUCAGGCAAAAGCAAACGAGCCUUCACGGCCACUCCCUAAAUAAGUCUGACCUCAGCAAAUGGCUGGGUUCCCAUGAGGAAUAAGAAGUAAGUUUGAGCUCUGUGCUGAAUGGGUGGCUGCCACCUCUCAGGUUGGCAGUGAUUAAGGCAAAAGAGACCAGCUGAACUGUCAGGUGCCGCUGCUGGGUUACCCGUGUCAGGAGGGUGAAAUCAGUUUCCUUUUUCUCAUCUGUGAAAUCAGAAGACUGCUAUUUCCAUUAGUGGUAGGCUUUACACAGGAAGUGUUUAUAAAGCACCUGAGACACAUAAGUCUAAGGUUUCCGAAAGGAUGUCAGGUGAGUCAUCUGGGGAUCCAGGAUCCAGGAUCAUGGCGCACAUGCCCUUUCCCAGACCACUGCCCCCUUAUAGCCUGACUCCCCUCUGCCAGAUUUGGGGGAGGUGGAAGGCUUAGACCAGCGGUUCUCAACCUGUGGGUCGCAACCCCUUUGGGGGUCGAACAACCCUUUCACAGGGGUUGCCUAAGACCAUCAGAAAACACAUAUAAUUACAUAUUGUUUUUCUGAUUACUCACUAUGCUUUAAUUAUGUUCAAUUUGUAGCAAUGAAAUUGGGGCUCACCACAACAUGAGGAACUGUAUUAAAGGGUCGCGGCAUUAGGAAGGUUGAGAACCACUGGCUUAGACUAACAUGAUUCCUGAUGAUCCUGUCUGGCUCUUACAGAGGAGUCUGAUUAGGGCAGACUGCUCAUGCCUUUCGCCUCCUUUCAGUGUGUUUUCUCUCUGGUUCCUGUUUAUAUUCAGGGAAGCGAUGGACCAGCCGCCUCACUUUGAAGGAGGCCCUAGUGGCCUUCCCAAAGAUUGCCAGCCUCUUGUUGGCAUCUAAAAUCAGUUCGGUGCAGUGGUGGGAUGAGAGUGCUUUUCCUUUUCCUUCCUGGUGGAAAGGGGCUGGCGGUCAGGGCUGUGUCCUCUCCAGCUAAGAAGAGGGUUAUGAAGUUUUCUCAGUGAGCUGGGAUUUUUCCUCCGGGUUGAGUUUGGAAGGAAAUCUAGAUGGUGGUUUUUCCCCUCACUUGAAAAGUAAACCUCCAGAACAUGGACUCAUUCCGUUCUUGGGCUCCUGUCUUCUGCACAUGCCCCCUCCUUCCCACACACACACCAGGCCUUACAAAUUGAGGUGUGGGGAAUAAAGUGAAGAAUUAAGUGCUUGUACAGAGCCCAGAGCUACUCAAAGUGUAGUUGCUGAAAUACACAUUUCAGUUCAGUGAUGGGCAAGUGGCUUCCGCACACAAUUAUCAGAUGAGCUUAACUGCAGUGGACUUUUUCUAGCAAGAAAGGCGCACUAGCACACACUGCAGUGGUGCUGAGAGUCCAUCAGUCGUCGCGCCCUGGCCGCGCCCCUCCUCAGUCCAGCCAAAGCAAUGCCUGAGCUGACUGGAAGCCAUUCUCUAGCUCUAGGCUCAGAAGGGUUGGUCUGCCUGGGAAGGGAAGGGAAGGCCAGGAGCCAGGCCAAUCCUUCCAUUUCCUUUCCUUUGCUCUGAUUCCUGAGGAUGCCCUGUCUUAGGAAAGCCAUAAGGCCCUUCCCUGGUUUGAACUUUAAAAAGGCCUAGUGGAAUAUGGCAGCAGUACCGUCAGCAGCCACGCAUCUAAAGAUAGUGUUUUGUAAUCCCCAUGCUGAUGGGGACGCUCCAUGGGCCCUGCCUGUGUUUAUUUUGGGAGGUGCUACUGAAAUUGCUAGUAAAUUAAAAUAUGAAGCUACAGAAUAAUGUGGAACUAGUGUAUGACAAGGCAAGAAAAAUACGACACAAGCUCUUGUAUACAUGGACUUACAUAAUAAAGGAGGCAUUUUGUUUUAAUGGGUAAGUAAAGAUAGGUAAUUGGGUAAAAUCUAAAUAUUUGGGGAAAAGUUGCCACAGCCAAAAUAAAUUUCAGGAGGAAUAACGAUAUGCCAUAGUAAGUUUAACCAUUAAAAAUUUCUAUACUUGUUAGUGGGUAUUAAAUUGAUCUCUGUAUCAAGACUUUCUAAGCAAAAUAGGGAAAGAAGAAAUCAUAAAAGAACAAACUUCUAAAACUUAAAAAAACAAAUUGGAAACAUUUUUGCAAUUGACAGAUAGACACAAUCCAUAAGACCUUAAAAACUCAG